AUGACGUCGUGUGGCACGCCGAUAGAGCUACGCUGUGGGAUUACAUUGCAGAAUAGGCUUGUCAAGUCAGCGCUAGAAGAGUCGUUGUGCAAGCUCGGAGGCAGUGCGCCGACACCCGCGCUCGUGCGUCUCUAUCAACAGUGGGAUGUAGGUGGAUGGGGAAUGAUAAUAACGGGCAAUAUACAAGUCGAUUCCCGCCAUAUAGGCCUGCCAUUCGACGCGACGCUGCAAAGUCAUGCAUCAGAGAAGCAUGGGAAAUACGAGGAGAACAAGUGGCGCAGGCUCGCCCAGGCAGUCCCGCAUACUCCUCUCAUUGGCCAGCUCAAUCAUCCCGGUGCACAAUCGACGCGAUGGACCUUCUCGAAAGCGCCGUGGACGCGCAAUGUCUCGGCCAGUGGGAGUGGGAGUGGGAGUGGGAGCGAAAGCAUCAGGCAAAGUAAAACCAUCAGCCCUCUCUUCCCGCCUUGUCGUGCACUGAGCGAGAUUGAAGUACACGCAAUUAUUUCUCAAUUCAUCAACGCUGCCCUCUUCCUCCAGCGCAGCGGAUUUGAUGGCGUACAGAUACACGCUGCUCAUGGCUACCUCCUCGCGCAGUUUCUUUCGCCGGGCACUAAUAGGCGCACUGACGCGUACGGUGUGCGGUGCACAAUUCUCGUGCAGAUCCUUCGCGCUGUGCGUAGCGCGUGUGGGGAUACUUUCUGCAUCGGUGUCAAACUCUCUGCGGGUGAUUACAACAAUCACAGUAACCAUAAACAGCGCAGUGGUUUGUUGAUGGAAGAUGCGCUGGAGAAUUACUUGGCUAUCGUUAACUCAGAUGUAGCCAUUGACUUUGUCGAAAUCAGCGGUGGGAGUUAUGACUCACUCGCUUUCUUGAGCCGUUCUCAAGGCGUCUUCUUUGAGGAGUUUGCGCGGAAGAUUCGGAGGAGUGUGGAUGGUGCGGAUGAACACCAUGUGCACUCAAGCCACGCUAACCACCCAAUCACCCAAUCACCCCGUCUCAUUCUCACAGGAGGUAUCCGCUCACGCACUACGAUCGAUCGCCUACUGAGUGAACAGCUUUGCGAUAUGGUCGGUAUGGGGCGGCCUGCGUGUGUAUUUCCCGCUGUGGCGCGUGCUAUGGUGAAUAAUAGCGAGCACUCUGUCGACCUCACACCGUACGAGGUGGACAGCGUGUGCGGAGUGCGCACGUUGGGUUUCGUAGGCAUGAUGUGCUGGGUGCUGUGA